UUACCGACAUAGUUCGCGGCGUUUAGUUUAGAAAAAGCAACCAACGUAGCGCAACGAAUAUUUGCCUGUUUUAUACAUUAUUGUAUGAUUUCAGAAAGAUUUUCCAUUCGUUCAGCUCAAGAUGACUACCAAGCGAGCCUUCAACGUUCUGGAACAGAGGAACACUAACGAAAAUCAACAUAUUGGCAAAACGCCAUUGAUCGGUAAAAAUGAACCUCGCGCGCCAUUCAAACUAGCUCUAAAAGAUCUCACAAACAAUUCUUCCUCGCGAUCAAAUUUCGCCACAAAAUCACAAGAACCAGCUACCAAAAAACCUCUACAGCAAAAAUCAAUUGCUUCCUCGGCUCUGCACCGCAAGAAGUCUCCGGAAAGCAUUGCUCAACAGACCACCAAGAAGCAGCUACCGUUCACAAUCUUCACUCCACAUGAUGCAGAAUACAACCGGGGAAAGGAGGCCUGUCUGCGGGAAGAUUUGCUCGAGCAGAUGAUUGAGUUCACCGGAAGCGUAUACAAACGGGAAAUCAAACCGAUGAAACCGCUCCGAGUUCAGCAGCUCGAAUUGCCGGAAUUCGAUGUACCACAGAAGACCCCAAAGUCUGCGACGACACCGAAGGAUUUGCCUAGCAAUUUUCUGUUCAAUCUACCGGAGGUGGAAUUGCCAGAUCUGGAUUUCAUGUUAUAAAGAGGCGUUAGCCGACGGACGAAAUGGGUAAUGAUCUGUUUCAUUAUGUAGAAUAGUAAUGUAUUUGUAAUUUAUUCUCCUGUA